AUUCAAUGCCCCCAUCCCAAUUUCUCCUUCGAAGGACACGUUCUUCGUGUCAAGGCACUGGGACCCAGCCUUGUCUCCUUCGGUCUCUCCUUAUGGCCCCAAGGGACUUGGCUUCCGCGGCGGGUCUCAAAUCAGGGGCGGAUGCGGGUCUGGGUGGAUCCGGGUGGGUUCGGGAUGGAGAGCUGGGGCCGCAGUUUCUCAGACCGAACCCACCGACCGACAGUCGGGAGACUUGAUCUGCAUGCCACCGCGGGAGCGCGGCGCAGACACACUCUUGGCGGGCACUCGCGUUUCAAAGACAGCAGGGCAGACACUGGCUCCCCUCCCCUGAACACGCCCCCUCCCCUUCCCCCCAACUCCUCACCGCCCCCCAACGCCCCGCGCUCCACCUUUCGCCUGGCUCCUCCCUCGGCUCCUGCCAGCACCCUCCCUCGCCGCCCGAGUGCCCUUCCUCUUUACCUCCUCUCCCUCCCCCACCCCCCCCCCCUUCUCCCCCACACUCCUCUCUUCCCCUCUUCCCUCCCCCCGUUCCUUAGCUCUCACUUAUCAUCACCUACUACAGUCCAGUCGUGCCUCCCGACGGUCACCAGCCCGCCUAACCCGCUGGGCACACUCAUCACUCCAGGGCACCCUGACCCAGACCUCCCCUACCGGGUGCCCCGCUGCUCUCCUCCCGCUUCCUUGCUCCCCUCCCCCUCCCGGGUGCCGCUUCCCGGCUCCCGCUCCCUCCGCGUCUUUUCCUUUCCCCUCCCCGCGAAGUUUCGGGGCUGUCAGUCUGUCAGUCUUCGGGCAGUCCGCACCCGAGCUGCAGACAGCGGGCGCCAUCGAGAGCGGAGCCCGCUGGGGGCGGGAGGUCCGGGCGCCCGGGUCCGGGCAGCAGCGGGGAGACCCGGCCGGCCGCCCGCUGGGUACCGGCCGCAGAGGUUCUCAGGGCCGGCGCUCCGCCGCUUCCCCNCCCCACCAGUUACCCACUAGUGAUACCUCCGCCCCUAAGCUGGCUCCUAUUUCACCAGCUCCUGAAGUGACAGCUGGAGAACCUAGGGGACGAAGUUCCCCGCUCCCCAUCCUGGCCCCCUACCCUCCACCCUCUCCCCAGAGGAUCAG